CGCACCGCAGACACGCGCAAUGGUAACCGGAAGCAUCGUUGAGAGGAAAAUAAAAAUCGACCAAAACCCCAAUAGAUCUUAAGGGUAACCCUCUCACCUGCCGUCUAUUCUACGGCGUAGACCCGCAUUGGAUAGCCUUUUACACCACCGCUAUCGGAGGGGACGAGAGAGAGCGGAAAAAACUGCCCCAUUUGACCGAAGUUGCUCGCUAACUGGUUUAGCUGACGUGGGGAGAAGUUGAGACUGCCAGAGAGCAGAGAGACAAACACAAACAAGCAGGGAUCAGCUGAGCGUCUCCCCGAACCGAACCAGCAACACUGGGAAAUGUCACGGAGGGCGACUUUGCUUUUGUGAGCCUAAGAAUGAGCCACGGGAGACGGUGACUUCCAUUGAAACUCGCUCCAUGUAGACUGUCAACAGUGGCAACACAAAGAAUUUCGGCAGCACAACACGAGGAUCAGCCAUAAGGCAGUAGAAGAACAUCCACGACUCCUGUCACUGUGGUUUACUUCGAUUAAGCACGAUCAAUGACUUUGUUCGCCGGUUUUCUGCUGUGACCAAACGAUUACACAUACUACAUUGCAAGAAGACAGCGGUGGGAUCAACAUGGCCCAUCAGGCAACCCCUAGUUCUCAGAAGGCCCUGAUGAUGGAGUUGAAGUCCUUACAGGAGCAGCCGGUGGAAGGAUUCCGCAUCACUCUGGUUCAGGAGUCUGAUCUCUACAACUGGGAAGUAGCCAUUUUUGGGCCCCCAAACACCCUGUAUGAGGGAGGGUACUUUAAGGCUCACAUCAAGUUUCCAGUGGACUAUCCGUAUUUGCCACCAACCUUCCGUUUCAUCACCAAAAUGUGGCACCCCAACAUCUAUGAGAACGGCGACGUGUGCAUCUCCAUCCUGCACCCUCCAGUUGAUGAUCCACAAAGUGGGGAGCUGCCCUCAGAAAGAUGGAAUCCAACCCAAAAUGUCAGGACCAUCCUGCUCAGCGUCAUCUCUCUACUCAAUGAGCCAAACACUUUUUCCCCUGCGAAUGUGGAUGCUUCAGUCAUGUUUCGCAGAUGGAGGGACAGCAAAGGCAAGGACAAAGAAUAUGCAGAGAUUAUCAGAAAACAGGUGAUGUCCACAGCUGCGGAUGCUGAGCGCGAUGGCGUCAAGGUGCCGACCACGCUGGCGGAAUAUUGUGUCCAGACAAGGGUCCCCUCACAGGACAGUAGCUCAGACCUUCUCUACGAUGACAUUUAUGACGACGACAUGGAGGAGGAUGAAGAGGAUGACGAAGAGAGUGAGAUGGAGUCCAUAGGCGAAGCCGGAGCUGUCGGUGCUACAGAGGAUGGCGGGACGACCAACAGAUGUUAUGACAACCAGGAUGACUCUGGCAACGAAGAGUCAUGAUGGUCUGGAUUAUUACUGUUCCUUGCCAAACACCCCCCACCUUCCCCUCUGCUUCAUUUUGUGUGUGUGUGCAUGUGUGUACACAGUGGGGUCAAGAGUCUACUGCCAAAAACUUUUCAUCAUUUAUUAAACAAUUAGUCCAAUAAAGUCUCCCCCUACUACUUUUAGGUAAGUUUACACUUAAAAGUUUGUUGUCAAGUCACCAUUUGCCUUAAUUACAGCUUGCACUUAGUCCGGUACAGAUAUAAUACAGAAAGGAUUCAGCGUUGAAUGCCUGCCCAAGUUGUUUUUAUGUUUUGCCGUUUUUCAUUUUAUCAUGUUUUUGGGCGUGAUAAAGUAUCCAUCGUUCUAAACAUUAAUCCGUAAAAUGUGAAAGGACAUUUAAAAAAUUCACUCUACAGAAGCAGCAUAGUUGCCCUUAUGAGCCCUCAAUGACCACUUUAUUAAGUACACAUCCUCACACUGGGCUUUAAUACAAUAACAAAGAUUCUGCCCUUAAAAUAAGACCGUAUAACUUAGUUAAGACCAACUGUCAAAGAUAUUUUAAUAAGCUGUUUCUAUAGAGUCUCCCAAAAAUCGGCAUCCACUUUCUUCAGAUUUCCUUCAGUAUCAUUCAAACAGAUGUUACAGCUUCCAUCAAUCCAUUUUCUCCUUGUCUGAGGUCGGGUCUAGGUAGGAAGCAGCUUCAGCAGGGAAGCCCAGACUUCCCUCUUCCCAGCCACUUCAUUCCGCUCUUCCAGGAGGAUCCCAAGCGUUCCCUAGGCUAGCCGGGAGUCAGUCUCCCCAGCGUGUCCUGGGUCGAUCCCGCGGCUUCCUCCCAGUGGGACGUGCUCGGAACACCUCACCAGGGAAGGCAUCCUAAUCAUAUGCCCGAGCCACCUCAUCUGGCUUCUCUUUAAUAUAGAGGAGCAGCAGCUCUACCCCGAGCCUCCACCGGAUGACUGAGCUUCUCACCUUAUGUUCGGGGUCUCCAAACCGGUCCUCAAGGGCCGCUGUGGGUCCUGGUUUUUGUUCAUACCAAUCGAGCACAGAUAGUUUGAGCAUUAAGGUUUCUGCUAAAACAAGAAGCACCUGACUGCAAUCAACUGAUUGGAUGACUUGGCAAACACCAGAUUGGUGGAAGUGUGUGGCAUAGACUUCAUAAUGUAUUGACGGGACGCGGGGCCGAUUAAUAGGGGGCCUACAUUGUUGUCGUUGCCGUCAAAGCUGACCGAGUGUAAUCACAGACAAAGAGCUAUUUCUGUUGAAAAUUGUUGUGAAUAAAUGCUUAAAUCCCUGAAUUCUUUAUAGAUAUGGACGUAAAACAAUCUCGAUUCUUGGUUAAAAGCACAAAAAAAACCCAAUGCAGUUAGCAUUUAUUUUAAGUAAAUAUUGUGAACUAUGAUGCUAGUCAGUAAGGAAAUGUAGCGGAGGCCUUAUGUAAACAGAGCUUUUUCAGUUGAAAAUAGUUAUGAAUAAAUGCUUAAAUCCCUGAAUUAUUUAUAGAUAUGGAUGUAAAACACUCGAUUCUUGGUUAAAAGCAAAAAAACGUGCAGUUAGCGUUUAUUUCACGUAAAUAUUGCGAACUGUGAUGCUAGUCAGUAAGGAAAUGUAGCGGCGGCCUUAUGUAAACAAAGAGCUUUUUCCGUUAAAAAUUCUAGAGAAUAAAUGCCUAAAUCCCUAAAUUCUUAGUGGAUAUGGACAUGAAACAGUCUCGAUUCUUGGUUUAAAGGAAAAAAAACGUCCAGUUAGCAGUUAUUUUAUGUAAAUAUUGCGAACUGUGACACCAAUUCCGUAGCGGCUAAUUUCUCCCAUAGAUUUUUCACGUUUCAAAAUGCAUGCAUGGCUCGAAAAAUACAAUAAUUACCUUGAAUCCUUGAACAAAUCACUCCUGAGACAAUCCUUCCUGUUUGUAUUCGGUACAGCUUUCGUACUUUUUCAACCUAAAUCCGGCGUUGGAUCGCUGCAUGUGUCACUGCGACCAACUGCGAAUAACUGAAGCAGUGUGGGAUGGCCCCCUACUUGAAGGCGUGGUGCAGUGCCUGUUGAAUGUGACCCGUCAAUAUACCAUAUUGGCCUGAAUAUAAGACGGCCCUGAUUAUAAGACGACCCCCUCUUUUUCAGGACUCAAGUUUGAAAAAAGACUUUUUGAACACCAAAUUAAUUUUUGUACAGAAAAUAAUUACAGUACAUCUGAAACAAAUGAUUAGAACAACAUAUUUGAGAGAAAAAGCAUGUUAUUUUGCCUCGUUCAAAUCUUAAUAUCUUAACAUUUAAGUAUGUAAACUAAAGGGCAAUCACAUUUGUAAAUGAAUGGCUUCCGGUUUUUGAAAUGUAAAUAAACCAAUCUAUUGUGAUAAAACAACAGAAUUGCAAUAACUGCAUUAACCAUCAAAGUGAAGUCUAACUGUAACUGUAGUCUUGAAUCAAAUCUGAAUAAGGAAAAACAUUGCAAUAAAGUAAUGCAAACUGUUUAAACGAGCGUAGCUGAGAUCUGUCAUGACAGAACAUCGCUUCAAUGAUAUCUGGCGCCAUCUAGCGUCGUGAAUGGGUAUAAUGUCUAGUCCGCGAAUAUAAGACGACCCCCACUUUUUCAGUCUUAUUUCAAUGCAAAAAAACACCGUCUUAUAUUCGGGCCAAUAUAGUAAUUAUGAAGUCUAUGGCUGUGGUCUUGUUUUCAUGGAGUGAAAUCCUGCACCCAUUGCUGACCUGUGUGGAAUGUUUGGAGACCACUGCCUAAUGUCAUAUGGGAGCGCCUGGACAUCCUACGGAAGAAACUCCUUUCGGCUACUUGUAUCCGGGAUCUUGUUCUUUUGGUCGCGACCCACGGCUCGUGACCAUAUUAAGGGCUAGGAAUGUAGAUUGACUGGUAAAUAGCUUUGGCUCAGCUCUCUGUUCCAAUACAAUGGACCGAUGCAGAGUCCACAGCAAUCCGCCAGUCAAUCUCCUAUUCCUAUUUUUCUCACUUGUGACAAGACUCCAAGAUACUAAAACUCCUCCACUUGACCCAGAGAGGGUAUUCCUCCGUUUCCCGACUGAGGACCCUGGUCUGAGAUUUGGAGGAGCUAAUUCUCAUCCCGACCGCUUGCCACUUGGCUGCAAACCGCUCUAGUGACAGUUGAAGUUAGCGGACUGAUGAAGCCAGCAGAACUAUAUCAUCUACAAAAAGCAGAGAUGCAAUACAGCAAGUGACAGCUUCAGCUUUGCAAUUUUGUGAGCACAUUCCCUUGCCCCUGGCCACCAAUAUAAAUUGGAAUAGAGUUGCAAAAUUGCCGCCUAAAGUUUUUCUAUCACCGACUGCCUUUCAGCGGCAAUUUAAAAAGAUGUACUGUAUUAACAUCACGCGCGUCCAAAAGAUACUUCAAUCUAUUGCAAGUUUCUUGAAACAAGAUUUAUUCUUGACGAAGAGUCAAGAUGUGCAACCACAACCAGUGAUAAAAACACUGAAUUCCUAGAAUCUGUGUUCAUGCGAAGUAUGAAAUAUCAGCUCUACCCAACAUCAACAAAAGCUGCAUUCAGUGGUGGGUUCCAGUGCAGCCCUCGAAAUAAAAUUUUACUGGCUUUGUGUGAAUGUUAGCUUUCAAAGAUCAGUGUUUUUGACCGGUUAGGUAGUAGGGGUGGUAACCUGUUGGUUACCUCACGAUUUGCGAUACAAAGCUCACAGUAACGAUGAUCUCACGAUAUGGAGAUACGAUUAUCGAGACAUUGGUCAGAAAGUCAUUCAAGGAUAUUCUACAAAACAACUGAUAAACAAGCUAUCUUCAUCCUUCUGCUGUAAGUUCACUAGUAGACGUCUAAUUCAUUUGAAGUUGGAGGGUGGGAGCAAAUGAACCACUCCCUCCUCAAACGGACCCCUCCCACUUCUAUAGCCGUCAGUGGCAGCCAAUGCUAGGCACUGAGGUAAUUUUGGGCCGUUUCAGGCAUUUCCUGUUGAUUUUGUGGCAUUUUAGGGCAUAAGCGGAUUUUAAGGGAGGGGGGGCAGGCCCCCCUGGUAGCUGAAAAGUGUCAUUGCAUGUAAUUCUUUCCUAUGUAUAUAUAUAUAUAUAUAUAUAUAUAUAAGUUGUAAAGCAAUAAAACUGCAACAAAAAUGAAUGAAAUGAACAAAAAAAUGUUUUUAUAAUGGGUCAAAAUUAUUAUUCUAAAAGAUCAUGUGGCUAGCAACUUAGACGGUCAUUUGCUUUGCAUAUAAUCCCCCCCCCCCCCAAAAAAAAAAAUUAGGGGAGGGAAUUUUAUUUUUCAAAGGAUUCAUUUUCUUUGAUUGAUUUGAUUCUUUUUUGGGGGAUUGAAUGAUUUACACACAAAUGUCCUACCCGGAUUAUGGCCUAAACACAAAAAGGAUUUCUUCAAUCAAAGGCAACUUUUUCAAUGAAAAAUUAAGUUUUCAAAUGCUAAUUUUUCAAUCUCAAAUAUUUUUUCGCAUUCAAAAACUUUUAUAUGACUGAAAGUUUUCUUUUUUUGAUUGAAGUGAUUUUUCUUUUUGAAAAUAUUUUUUUUGAAGCAACUAUUUUUUGCUUGAAUAAUAAAGACAAAAAUGUCCUAGCCAAAAUGUGGCACAAAUCAACAUUACUUCAAUCAAAAAAAGUGCUUCAAUCAAAAUAAACUUGACUUGAAAAAAGAAAAA